AUGGCUCUUCCAUGUGUGCGACUGUGCUCUCCAUACAGAAUCACAGGGCUUCAAGUCUGUGGUUAUGCAACGCUCAGUAAAGUAUCCAAACCGAAGGAGAAAACCAGCAGCGAUCCAAUCUUUCAGUAUGUCGGAGAGCGCAAAAAGCCCAACCACAAAGUGUUUGUUUGGGGCUUUAGCUUCACCGGUGCUCUGGGUAUCCCCAGCUUUGUGAUGCCAGACAGCGGCAGGAAGAAGCCCCGCAAAUAUCAGCUUACUCCUUACCGCCUGGAGACUGCACAUCAGAUCUCUUCUGCUGCUUGUGGUUACGGCUUCUCUCUCAUCGCCUCCUCCACCAAGGAUGUGACCAAGCUGUGGGGCAUGGGCCUGAACAAGGACUCUCAGCUGGGCUUCCAGCGCACCCAGCACAGCCGCCAUCAAGGUUACGACUACGUGUUGGAGCCGUCGCCGGUGGCUCUGCCUCUGGUUGAGCCGGUGCAGACCAAAGUGGUUCAGGUUUCAUGCGGCCGUGCUCACUCUCUGGUCCUCACUGACCAGGAAGGAGUUUUCAGUAUGGGCAACAACUCCUACGGUCAGUGUGGAAGGAAGAUAGUUGAAGAUGAAGUCUACAGCGGCAGUCACAUCAUUCACAAGAUUGGAGGCUUCAGCAGCAGAGUCGUCCAGGUGGCGUGUGGACAGGACCACAGUCUUUUCCUCACAGAGGCGGGGAAGGUGUACGCGUGUGGAUGGGGAGCAGAUGGGCAGACGGGUCUCGGCCACCACAGAGUCAGCUCCAGUCCGCUGGAGGUGGGAGGGGAUCUGGCAGGGGUGGAAGUGCAGCAGAUCAGCACAUAUGGAGACUGCAGCUUGGCCGUAUCCAGAGAUGGACAACUAUACGGAUGGGGCAACUCUGAAUACCUGCAGCUGGCUACGGUCACAGAGGCCACACAGAUCAACUCUCCUCGUCAUCUUCCUCUGAAAGGCUGCGGGAAGGUGGUUCAGGCAGCAUGUGGAGGCUCACAGGUGGCCAUUAUUAACGAAAGAGGAGAGGUGUUUGUGUGGGGCUUCGGCAUUCUUGGAAAAGGACCAAAGCUAUCAGAAUCGUCGACCCCUGAGAUGAUUCCCUCCUCGCUGUUCGGAAAAUCAGAAUUCAACCCAUCAGUAGCUGUCACCAAAAUCAGAUGUGGCCUCAACCACUUCGCUGCGGUAACAGAUCGAGGCGAGCUGUUCGUUUGGGGGAAGAAUGUGAGAGGCUGUUUGGGCAUCGGGAAAAGAGACGACCAGUACUUCCCAUGGCGGGUGACUGUGCCAGGUCAAGUGGUGGACGUAGCGUGCGGCGUCGACCACAUGGUGGCGCUGGUGAAAUCCCUCCUCUGAAAACUCCUGCCUCCCUCCAGCGGUGGAUGAAAGGCUGGAUGUUUUUGGCUGAGCCUCCCGCUGACCCCCCGGGCGCCUCAGGGAGCUGAUCGAGGCCGCUCUGGAGUCUUGAAGCCAGCUGCUCUCCACGGGUGACGGACCCUCGUGUCCCUCCGUCCUGCGGUGACGUCAAGCAGUGUGCAGAGCAGUCGAUUAUGCAGCUAACUGUCACUGACAUGGCUCACGUUAUCCUGCAUGAAGGUCACAUGGGGAAAGGGUAUUUUCAUGGGUUUAUUUUUGUAUUUUUAGCCAUCAUGAUAAUAUUUCAUCCACCAAGUUAAUUGCUGUUAUCUGGGAAGCCAAAAAAAGUAACAUAACCAAUAGAUGAUGCCCAGAACUAUGUUAAUAAAACCCAAAUUGUAAUAAACAAGACAGGCUUUUUAGCUGAAAACAGUCAGUUUUCAGGUUGUUGAAACUGUAAAAUGUUGAUUUGUCUGUAUACCAGAAAAUGACUGUGACAGAAAUGUGUUCAGUGAAUGAAGUGAUUCACUGUGCAAUCAACACACUCAUGCGGUUUGAAAUCUUUGCAGGCCUGUGAAAUGUUUUCGAGAAGAAAAAAAAAAAACACAUUUGAAAAAGCCAGUGACGGCAAAACUCAAAUUAUCUCCCUGCCAACAGCAAAUAGAGGUGAGGGCACUCUGCCGCAGAGAGAACGGGUUUUUUUAGAAUCAAUUUUAUAACAUGAACUUUUGUGUCAUCAGAGGUUGGCGCAUGUUCUGCUUAUAAAAGCUCAUCAGGAGAAGCAGAAAGCUACAAUCACAGCAUCCUUACAGCUUGAAAGGAUGUUGAUUGUCAUAUUGACCUAUAAAUCUAAUGCAUCUGCAGAAAAAUGACCUGAGACAGUUAUAAAAAGAAACCUGUUUAAAAAAAAGCAGCCAGUUUUUAUGUUAUUUAAUGUUUUUUGUAUCAUUUGUUGAAUUGGAUGUACUGAAAGAUGAACCCACCUUACCCACA